UUGAACGCUCGCGCGACACAGAGAAAGUAGACCAAGGUGCAGAGACACUUUACCGACUCUUUCACACGGCGGAACACGGAGAAGACAGACACUUUCGCCUUUUGUCGCUGAUAUGAAACAACUUGUAAUUCCCCUGCUUUGGCAAUCACGCUCACUUGUGGAUUUAGAGGACUUUAUGGAGAUGCACUUUGCUUGAUCUUGAGGUUGUUGUUUUCACUACGUUUGCUAGGAUGUUAAGUUCCUCGGUUUGUACAACUGGAAACAUGCUGGAGAAAAUAAGUAUUUCGGAUUUCGUUUCUUUGGCGAAAGAGGACCUAUCGUCUCCGGGAAGCUCUGGAUUCCAGUCUAAAAUGAGCGACUGUCGAAGCACCGUGGCCGCUCUCGAAGAGUCUCUAGAGCAGGACCAGAUGUCUCUACAGAGGAUGAAGAAAAUUGUAAAAGCCAUCCACAACUCUGGACUCAAUCAUGUGGAGAGUAAGGAACAGUACACAGAGGUUCUGGAGAAUCUGGGGAACAGUCACCUGACGCAGGAUAACAACGAGAUAUCCACAGGUUUCCUGAACCUGGCUGUGUUCACGCGAGAGAUCACUGCACUCUUCAAAAACCUGGUGCAAAACCUGAACAACAUCAUUUCUUUCCCUCUGGAGAACGUGCUAAAGAUUGAGCUGAGAGACAGCAGGCUGGAGCUGAAAAAACAGAUGGAGAAAAGCUGGAAGGAUUAUGAUGCUAAAAUAGGCAAGCUGGAGAAAGAAAGGAGAGAGAAACAGAAACAGCAUGGGAUGAUUCGGUUGGAAUCAACAGACACAGCAGAGGACAUGGAAAGAGAAAGAAGGAACUUCCAGCUGCAGAUGUGUGAGUAUUUACUGAAGAUUCAGGAGCUGAAAGUUCGUCAAGGUCCAGAUCUACUGCAGAGCCUGAUUAAGUACUUUCAAGCCCAACUUAAUUUUUUCCAGGAUGGACUGAAGGCUGCAGAGCAUCUGGGUCCAUUUGUGGAGAAGUUAGCAGCCUCUGUACAUACGGUUCGUCAUGAGCAGGAUGAUGAAGUAAAGCAGCUCUCUCAAUUGCGUGACUCACUCAGAACACAACUACAGGUUGAUGGCAAAGAGGAUUUUCUAAACAGGAAGAACUCUGGCCAUGGAUAUAGCAUCCACCAACCACAAGGCAAUAAGAAAUAUGGCACAGAGAAAUCAGGAUUCCUUCUUAAGAAGAGCGAUGGGAUCAGAAAGGUUUGGCAGAAGAGGAAGUGUGGGGUAAAAUAUGGCUGUCUCACCAUUUCACACAGCACGAUCAACAGACCACCCGCAAAGCUCAACCUCCUGACGUGUCAGGUGCGGCCCAACCCUGAGGAAAAGAGAACGUUUGAUUUAGUUACACACAAUCGCACAUACCAUUUCCAGGCUGAGGACGAGCAAGAAUGCAUGAUAUGGGUUUCUGUGCUGCAGAACAGUAAGGAGGAGGCCUUGAACACGGCUCUCGGAGGAGAUCAGCUCCAGUUUCAGGACAGUGGUCUGCAGGAGCUUGUCCGAGCUGUGAUCUCAGGCCUGAGAAACCUGCCAGGCAAUGAGGCCUGCUGUGACUGUGGAGCUCCAGAACCCACUUGGCUCUCCACUAACCUGGGCAUUCUCACCUGUAUCGAGUGUUCAGGAAUCCAUCGUGAGCUUGGAGUACAUCACUCACGAAUUCAGUCUCUCACUCUUGACGUACUGAGCACAUCUGAGCUCCUGUUGGCAGUGAGCAUUGGAAACGCGAAGUUUAAUGACAUCAUGGAAAUUAACAUGCCCAGUGAUGCAGUCAAGCCCCUUCCAAAAAGUGACAUGACAGCGAGGAAGGAGUACAUUGUAGCGAAGUAUGCAGAGCGACGCUAUGUCCUCCCAAAAGAACACUCUGAAGCGUAUCAUGUGUAUGACACUGUGAGGAACAAAGAUCUCACGUCACUGCUACAGCUCUAUGCAGAGGGAGAGGACCUGUCUAAACCAGUGGCCACACCUGAAGGACAAGACCUGAAGGAGACCGGUCUUCACUUAGCUGUGCGCAUGUCUGAGAAGACUUCUCUGGCUCUGGUGGAUUUUCUAGCUCAGAACUGUGGCUGCCUGGAAAAGAAGACAGCAGAAGGAAACACAGCGCUUCAUUACUGUGCAUUAUACAACAAACCAGAGUGCUUGAAACUUCUGCUCAAAGCAAAGGCGGUUUUACACACAGUGAACUCAGCGGGUGAGACGGCUCUAGACAUUGCCAAGAGACUGCAGCACAUGCUGUGUGUCGAACUGCUGGAAUUGGCCCACAGUGGGAAGUUCAACUCUCAGAUCCAUGUUGAAUACACAUGGGAGACGCCACAGGACAUGUAUGACAGUGAAGAUGAUCUGGACGAAAGGGUAAGUCCCCAUCCUAAGGGCUCACGGUCUCCGCUGCCCCUUACUGGCAGCAAUAGGCACUGCUCGGCUGCAUGGAAUUUAAAUAAAAGCAGUCCGGCCAGGACCUAUGAGAACAUUGACUUCCUAUAUCGAAAUCCACCCAACAACAGCGCCCCCACUAAUGGCUCCAUGCCUCCUCCCCUGCCAGCUAAAGCAAUACAAAGAGGCCGUUCAGAUCCUCAGAUCUCGGGUUCCAUUCCAGAGACUCACACCCCCUACCGCCAGAGUUCCCACCCCACCAGCUGCUUUCCGAGAAUCAGCACUUCAUCCCCUGUGACGGAGUCCCCUGGACCAACACCUUCACGCUCUCAUAGCACUGGAGGGUCAAAGGGACAUAGACAGACGGUGUACUUGGAGGGACAAUCUUUCUCAGGGGCCGAGGGCAAAAAUCACUCCACCUCACCACAGAGUCAGAGAGGACCUGUCAGUUCAGAGAAGACGACCUCAUAUCGCCGCACGAGCAGCGGCAGUCAAGGAAAGAGUUCGGCCCCGACUCCAGGGUGUGCAGGCAGUCAGGAGGAACUCUACUGCAGUCCAGUGGGCGGGGCUCCCAGUCCUGUACCUCCGCCAGCGAAUGCUAACAACAGUGCCACAGUGCCAAUCAUACUGCCGCCACCUCGCUCACGCAAAAAUGCCAUGAUCUCAUUAAGGGAGAGACCCAAAAAGGUCAGAGCGUUAGUUGACUGCAGAGCAGUUGGUGCCAAUCAGCUGGCUUUCUUUAAGAACGAGGUCAUCAUAGUGACAGCAACUGAUGACCCACACUGGUGGGUGGGCCAUAUAGAGGGAGAACCGUCUAGAAGUGGCUCUUUUCCAGUCAACUAUGUCCAUAAAUUAGGAGAAUGAGAUGAACCUCCAUGAACACUCCCAUUACACCACAUGGAACUGAUCUAGACUGUUGCUUUUAUCUUCAGAGCCGCUAGACCUAGAAGCUGUGGAGGCCUGAAAUGCACUUAGAAGAUGAAAGACUGGAGACCAGACUCUUCCACAGCAUUAGUGUGGAUGCUGUAAGAUGAUCCACUGAUCCAUUUUUUAGCACUGAUUAUAACGUAUCUCAGCUGUUUAACUGGACUGAAGGUUUGGCAGGUACAUCAUGAAUGACUGGACUUGGAACAGGCAGAAAAUGGAUGAAAGCUGACCGGCUUUUGAAACUUCCUGGCUUCGUUGUUUAAACAAACAACAUCACUUGUUCUUAUUGAUAUUGGCGUUGAGGCAUUUGGACAAACACUUGGACUUUGAGGUCUCUAAGAGAUUGUCGCCCAGACUUUGAGGCACUGGGCUCAUUUACUGAAGCUCAUCCUUUGGUGGGUUCAGUUGCUCAGUGCUCUCUGGAUUAUUUUAAUGACAUGCCAUUAGUUCUGGCUAGACACCAGGUCCUCCAGACAGAGAGUUAAAGGAUGAUGUAUUUGGUUUCAUCUGUCUCCUCUGCACCGACGUCUCCUAUUGCUGCUGAUUCCCGGAUAUCCAGUCCUGCACUGAGAGAACAUUCAGAAUGAAUCCUCAGAUGAAACACCAGGAUGUUAUGUGAAUGUUCAAUUACAAAAAGUUUUGAUUGCAGAAUUUCCCAGAAAGUUUACAAUUCAGUAUUUCAAGCCAUAGGAAACAUCAACUUACCCACAGUACCGACACUGUUAGGCCUUACAGAGCACAAUAAACAUGCUUUAAGUACCUGUUUUCUGGUAGCCUAAUAUUCCAUUUCUUUGCUUCUAAAAUUCUGUAGUAAAACAUCUCUUUUCAAGUGUUCAAAAUGUUUUAAAAUCUCUGUUAGCUUUGUCUAUGAAAAAAGUUAUUUCUGCACUUGCCACCCUCACUAAAUGUCUUUUCUGUGUCUGUAUUGUUAUCAGUCAGCAUUAAGUUUUUAUUUUAAUGGGUUCUCCCUCCAAACUGAGGUGGUUUAUGGUGCAUUUGGGACGUGUCUUGAACCAGCAGACACUGUAUAAAUGUUUUAUAAACUGAAAGCACACAACAGAUGUUUUCCUUUCUGCCAUUUCAUUGACUUCUGUGAAGAAUUUUCAGGCAGAGAUGAUUGUAGUAUGCAUGUUGGCAGCAGAGGUCCAAAAUGGUUCAGCUGACUUUGUGUUUUAGGAAAGCAAAAGGUAACGCUGCGUGUAAAUUAUGCUUGUGAAAAUUAACUGUUUUGUAUCACUGUAACUUCUUAUAUUAUUGAGAAAUAUCAUGUCUAGUUUGUUCAGAACAUGUUUUUUUUUCUCCAAAAUAUUAUUUAGCAUCUAUUUCUAAGAAUGAAAAAUGACAAUUAAAUAUUUGCAAACUAUAA